AUGCAUAGAUCUGGUGCAACGAUGGCUUGGAACGUGUUCAAGUUCUGCACAGCUUUGCGAGGACUUGGUUCGAUUAUGAUUCUGUUGGUUCUUGGUGUUGUUGGGGUUACUUAUUAUGCUGUUGUUAUUACCAAUUAUGUUCCUGCUAUGUAUAAUGGAGGGUUUGAUUUUCUUAUUGCAAUCUUGGUCUUGAUCUUGUUUCAUAGUUUGUUGGUUAUGCUAUUGUGGAGUUAUUUUUCCGUUGUUUUUAUCGAUCCGGGAAGUGUACCUCCAAACUGGAGGCCUACAAUUGAUGAGGAGAUAGGAGAGGAAGAUCCAUUAGUUGGUACAGAAUUCAUGAACACGCUGUCUGAUCCGUCCAAUCAAAGGAUCCGGUACUGCAGGAAGUGCAACCAGCUCAAGCCGCCUCGAUGUCAUCAUUGUUCAGUUUGUGGACGAUGUGUACUGAAGAUGGACCACCAUUGUGUGUGGGUAGUUAACUGUGUCGGGGCUCUAAAUUACAAAUAUUUCCUUCUUUUCUUGUUCUACACUUUCCUCGAGACAAGUCUAGUGACUGCAUCCUUACUGCCACAUUUCAUAGCAUUCUUUAGUGAUGGAGAAAUUCCCGGAACACCUGGCUCUCUUGCUACAACUUUUCUUGCGUUUGUUUUGAACUUGGCUUUCGCAUUGAGUGUGUUGGGAUUUCUCAUCUUGCACAUAUCAUUGGUGGCUGCUAAUACAACCACUAUUGAGGCAUAUGAGAAGAAAACUACUCCAAAAUGGCGUUACGACCUUGGCCGUCGAAAAAAUUUUGAGCAGGUUUUUGGGAUGGACAAGAAAUACUGGUUCAUUCCUGCUUAUUCAGAAGAAGAUAUACGAAGGAUGCCGGCUCUACAAGGUCUCGAGUAUCCAUCAAAACCUGACUUUGAUUCCCAAUAG